CACGAGGGAGAGAGAGAAGAGUCUGCAACUAUUUUUCAAUGGGAAGAGAAGAAAGGGCAAAGCAAAUUGAUCUGUCUCUGAAGCUAGAAGGUCUACAAGCAGAAGAAGGGCAAGCAGAUCAAGGAGAAGAGAAAGUGUUGAGAGAUGAUCCAAUGGAGGCAACAACAACAACAACAAGAGAAGAGGAGGAAGAAUAUUCACCACAAGAGAAGUCAUUGCAAGAAAAUUUGAACCCAGAUGAGUUAUGUGUACUUCAGAUGGAGAUGAACCGCAUGAAAGAAGAAAACAAAGUAUUGAGAAAAGUGGUUGAGCAAACCAUGAAAGAUUACUAUGAGCUCCAGAUGAAAUUUGCAGUUAUCCAACAAAAUCACACAAAAAAGGAUUCACAUAUCUUUCUAUCACUCCACACUGAAGGCAAUAUGAUUAAGAACCAAACACCUCCAUUACCACCUGAAGUUGAUGAUGCUAGAGAAGCUGCAGAAUUGAGACUGUCAUUGAGGAUACAAACCAAUGUAGAGCAGAAAAAUGAAAGAGAAACAUCCAAAGAAGAAGAGCUUAUCACAAAUUUGGUUCCUCAUCCUGUAGAGAAUAAGUUCCAAAAGAGCGAAUUCACGACCGGAAUUACAAAUCAUCCUGCAGCACCUCCCAAUAGAAAAGCAAGAGUUUCGGUCCGAGCAAGAUGUCAAACACCCACUAUGAAUGAUGGAUGCCAAUGGAGAAAAUAUGGGCAAAAAAUUGCAAAAGGAAAUCCUUGCCCUCGAGCCUAUUAUCGAUGCACAGUUGCUCCCGGAUGCCCAGUGAGAAAACAGGUGCAAAGAUGCCUAGAAGAUAUGUCAAUACUGAUAACAACCUAUGAAGGAACUCACAACCAUCCACUACCGGUGGGUGCGACCGCAAUGGCUUCAACAACAUCGUCGGCCGAUGCCACUUACAUGUUACUAAAUUCAGGCAAUACCAUCAACAACAACAACAACAACACCCAAUUGCAACCAACCAAUUCUCACCAUAGUAUCACUAAUCCUCUAUAUCACCAUUCACCUUCUUUCAACAACAUCAUCAGUACUAGUAAUGACCCAUCUAAAGGAAUUGUUUUUUAUCUCACAAACACCAUUUUUAAUUCACAACAACAAUUCACCACCCCUACUACUUCCUCACAAAUGAUGAAUUUUCCUUGGGCAUCUACCAGCUCAGGUGGCUAUCAUAAUAGUAAUGAUGCUGCAAGUGACACAUUAUUUGUUUCCCCUCAAGGAGGAGUAGAUAAGAAGAGGGAGUACUGGAAGGUUGAAGAAGACAAGUCUUCCUCAUCAUUAGCCAAAAAUGUGAGUGAUAUAGCUUCUGAUCCCAAGUUCAAGGUCGCAGUUGCAGCUGCCAUUACAUCAAUCAUCAGCAAAGAAAGUACCCCAACAGUCCAGUCUAAAGGACCUUCCUUGGUUGUCUCAGAUGGGGAGAGAGCUACUAGCUCUAGUAGCAAUAAAUGGAUUCUCUAACUAGUCUUUUCCUACUUGUUCAACAUUUGCAGAGAUAAUGGAUGGAUCGGUUAUAGUUUUGUACAAACAGAUUGAGGAAUACAUAUAUUUUACAAUAUUUUAAUUGGA